UAAGAACAAGAAGAAGAAACCCUUCUUUCUAAAUGUAAACAAACACUAAACAACAGAAACAGUUCAAGUUCAACACCAACCAGUUGUUGUUGUUGCUGUAGGAUAGCAUUGAGGUUAUAAUAAGCAUACUUCAAAACCUAGCCUUUAUCGUUUUAAUUUACUUAUAAGCUCUCAGUUUUGUAUAAAAUUAUAGUCUCUGCUAUGCCCCCAAAGAAAUCAGAAGGGGCAAAAGGUGGAGGUAAAGCGAAAGAUAAGGAUGAAGCAAGUUCCAAAGGAGGCAAGGAGAAGAAAGGUGGCACAGCAGUCAAAGUAAGAUAUGCCUUAAUUUGUGAAAAACAGUCUAAGGCUUUAGAAGCAUUAGAGAAAAUAAAAUCUGGAAUGAAAUUCAAUGAAGUUGCUGCACAGUACAGUGAAGACAAAGCCAGACAAGGGGGAGACCUGGGCUGGAUGACGAGAGGUUCAAUGGUCGGGCCGUUCCAGGACGCUGCGUUUGAUCUGCCAGUGUCAUCCUUAGCGUCACCAGUCUACACAGAUCCUCCAGUCAAAACAAAGUUCGGAUAUCACAUUAUAAUGGUGGAAGGGAAGAAAUGAAAUAUCUUAGUGUUUGUAAAUAAAGUAAUUUAAUAUCAUGAUUGUAUUUUACAGAUUCAAGGAGACAGUCCAUUUAUACCCUUAAAAUAUUUUAAAUAAACUUUUUUCUAAAUGUGGUUUUUAACAA